ACACACACACACACACACAAACAAACACACACUCACGCACACACACACGCAGAACAGUUACACGCUAUUUAAGAUUAUGAAGGUCAAGAUUUGGGGCACACUUCAUAUCCUGGUCAUACUUCCUGUAACACUUCCUGUCCUGGUGUUGUUCUACAGGAAGUGGCGUCUGUAGUGGGUUGUUUAAUUAUACUUAAGCCCCAAAAGGGAAAAUUGAUCUCAUCCUCCUGCUGCAAAUAAAGGGAGGCAGAAAUAAAUGAAUGCACUUGUGUCAUUUUAAUCAGAUGUGACUUCAAUUAUUGCUUGACAGUCAGAGAUUUGUCUAUCUGUCUAUCUGUAUCUCUCUCCCUGCAGACACAUUCCUGAUUUUGAGCCUUUUUAGAGUCACACUCGUCUCACUCUACAAAAUAAAGAACCACCAACACACACACACACACACUCACACACACCUGCAGUAGCCAUGACAACCUCAGCCCUGCGACGGCAGGUGAAGAACAUUGUACAUAACUACUCGGAGGCCGAAGUGAAAGUGCGUGAGGCGACCUCCAAUGACCCCUGGGGUCCGUCCAGCUCUCUCAUGUCGGAGAUCGCCGAGCUGACGUUUAGCGUCGCCGCCUUCAGCGAGGUCAUGGCCAUGGUGUGGAAACGCCUCAACGAUCACGGCAAGAACUGGAGGCACGUCUACAAGGCCCUGACCCUGCUUGACUACUUGGCUAAAACGGGUUCGGAGCGUGUAGCGCAGCAAUGCCGCGAAAAUGCCUUCACCAUCCAGACGCUGCGCGACUUUCAGUAUGUGGACCGGGACGGGCGCGAUCAGGGUGUGAAUGUGCGUGAGAAGGCCAAACAGCUGGUGGCAUUGCUCAGGGAUGAGGACAGGCUCAGACAUGAGAGGGCGCUGGCGCUCAAGACCAAAGAGCGGUUAGCAAGCGCAGGAGGAGGUGGAGGGUCAGGUGCGGUACCUCCUUCGUACCCGAGCAGGAGGAGCAGCCAGCCGAGCAUGGCAGCGCUGUACGGGGAGGAGUUCAGUCGCUCCAUGGGAUCUCCAUCCUCCUUUACCUCAUCCCCUUCGUCUCCAAGAGCCUCUGAUCUGGAGCACUCUCGCCCUCAAACCAGCGGAGAGGAAGAGCUGCAGCUACAGCUGGCUCUUGCCAUGAGCCGAGAGAAAUGUGUUUUUCUAAAGGAGCACCGCAAAGGUCAAGAGGAUGAAUCCGAAGUUAAGAAAGCUGUAGACAAGCGCAGGAGGGGCAGUGAAUCUGGACCUGGAUCUGGGGAGUCAGCCAUGAUUGAUCUGGUCGACAUAUUUGAACCAUCUGGACUAUCUGAAGUACUGUCCAGUGAUGAUCUCUGGGAUGCCCAGCCCUCCUGCCCUUUAACCUCUGAUCCCUGGAAGUCUGUAGCUGUGGUUAACCCAAGUACCCCUGUAGUUGGUAGUCCCUGGAAACCCCACCCCUCUUCCAGUAGCCCAGAUGACCAUUGGGUUACAAACCAAUCUCCAUCAGAUCCAUGGGUAUCCCUGCCCACUAAGUCCACAAAGAAAUCUGCAGAACAACCCUGGAGGAGUCCAGUUCGGCCAGCCUCAGCAGGAGUCGGCCAAUUUCCCAUUCGGGAGGAAGAGGAACCUGGAGACAAACGACCUAACAGUGUGUUCAGCCCUCGCUGUGAGAGUCCAGCAGGUACUACUCUUAUUUCUGAGCCUGCCCUGCAUUUCAUUUCUGUUUAUAUAGACCCAUUUGCUGAAUUGGUGGUGGGUGGGCAGGUAAAUGGCAGAGUUGAGGCAAGUUCGGUGACCUUUGACCGCUCUCAUCUUGGCCCCCCACUGGAUUCAGUGACACCUAGAAAGUGCUGCACACCAGAGGCUUUUCUUGGCCCUACUGCUGCGUCACUCAUCAACCUAGACACACUCAUUCCCCCAAAACAACACUCACAAACACAGACGCUCAUCCCGUCCAACAUACCGGCCAACAACAAGAACCCCUUCCUCUCAGGUCUGAGCGCUCCCUCACCCACUAACCCAUUCCACUGUGACCAACGCAGACUGACUCUGAAUCAGAUGCGUCCGAACUCCACUUCCCCAUUGCCUGCCCAUGCUUUGCCCGGUGCUCUUCCCUACAGUGCCUCUCUUCCCCUGCCCUCAUCCCAAAACAUACCCCAGCCUCUGGACCUGCCCCCUAACCUCCCCCAGCCCUUGUUGCCCCUCUCAUCAAUGCCCCGCCUCCAAACAGCCCCCCAGCUCCAGAGCCACGGCAACAAUCCCUUUCUCUGA